GUGAGGGCUGAGCGCGCGCGAGGCUGCUGGAGCGAGGCUGGGCGUGUGAGUGCUGUGAGGCUGGACAGGGUUCUGACAGCUCUUUGUUUCCUUUGCCAGUGUUUGUAGUUCGUGCUUGUGUUUGUGUGGUUCUGUUCGUAUUACAGAUGAUAAAAUGUCUAAAUGAAGCGUUCUUUUUUUUUUUAUUUUCUAUUUUUUGCUUUAAGUUAGGCAGCGCUGCUUGUUCUCACUUCCAUUUUGGAACAUGGAUGCUCGUUCCUGCCUGGGGUUGCUUGCAUUCAUAUCUGACACACUUGUGUUGCUUGCACUUCCCUGGAUUUAAUCCAGUGUGCCGACCUGGGUCUGGAUGUUUGCUUAGAACUAGCUUAACUUUUUGGGGAUUUUUGAGUGGUGCUGUGUGGAGCCAGGAGUUGGACUCAGUGAUCUUUAUGAGUCCCCUCCAACUCGGGAUAUUCUGUGAUCAGGGGUAGGGUCUGGAUCCCUCCUCAGCCUACACAGGGCCCUGUUCAUUGCUCCAUUUUUCUUAAAUCCUGGGGGGAAAACAAAACAAUACAAAAAACAAACUGUGAUGGUUAAAGGGGUUAUGAUUACUUGGGAAGAAGCAGGGAAGGAGUGCUGACACAGGCUGGCUGCAGGCAUCACCAUACUGGUUUUGCUCUGUUGCCCAAGUGACCUGGUGCUAUAAAUGCUGAUGUUUCUCUCACUGAGGUGAGAAGAGGAAAGAGAAAUGCUAACACAAGCACAGAUUGUUUUACCUCUUGAGUGAGACUGUCACCUGUUUAUCACUACAUUUGUCUUAGGUGUUGCUAACUGGAGUUCACAAGAACCAAAGCUUUCCUUUUAAGUCAGUUUUAGUGCAAGAAAUUUAUAGCUGUGCCAUCUUUCUCCUGGAAGGUGGGUUUCUACAAUACAAAAAGAAGACCUGUAGAUUCUUUUAAGUAUCAUCUUUAAUUUUUACAUCAGUGGGAUUUCAUACUCAGUGUUAGCUUGCAUGGAAGAGUUCUGAAAUUAAGAGAAGUCAGAUGGCUUUGCACUUUGUCAGGUACGAUAGAUUACCAUAAAGCCCUAAUCAGUAUGUAUUGUGACUUUUCCUUUUUUUUUUUUUUUUUUUUUUUCCAGUUUCUUUUAGGUAUCUAGGAAUUUUACCUAAGUUAAGAAAUGUACAUUGAAGAAAAGAAAAUCACUCUCGGGUCUUCAGUGUUCAUAUCUGUGUGAAAGAUUCUAGGAUGUUCCAUGAAAACACAUCAGCAGAUUGCUUAACUUCAGUAACAACUUCUACUGAAGAUGGUGCUUUCCAAACAAAAGGCCAUAAUAUGAGACUCCUUAGCCCAGAAGAAGCAGAGAGACUGGCAAAAGAUCGAGUUUUGGUGUCUGACUUCAAACAGCUGAAAUUGGAAAAAGAGGCACAGAAGAACUGGGAUCUUUUUUACAAGAGAAACAGCACCAACUUCUUCAAAGACAGACACUGGACAACCAGAGAGUUUCAAGAAUUAAAAGCAUGUCGGGAGUUUGCAGACCAGAAACUGACCAUUUUGGAAGCGGGCUGUGGGGUUGGAAACUGCUUAUUUCCACUCUUAGAAGAUCUGAAUAUUUUUGCAUAUGCCUGUGAUUUCUCUCCUAGAGCUGUUGAAUAUGUGAAGAAAAAUUCCCUGUAUAGUACUGAAAGAUGCAAAGUGUUCCAGUGCGAUCUUACCAAAGAUGAUCUUCUGGAAAAUAUACCAGCAGAUUCUGUGGAUGUCGUCACCCUUAUAUUUGUGCUUUCUGCCAUUCAUCCUGACAAAAUGUAUCUUGUCUUGAAGAACAUUUACAAGGUAUUAAAACCAGGCAAGUGUGUCUUGUUCAGAGACUAUGGACUGUAUGAUCAUGCGAUGCUCAGGUUUAAAUCUGGCAGCAAACUUGGAGAAAACUUCUAUGUUAGGCAAGAUGGGACAAGAUCAUAUUUUUUCACUACAGAGUUCUUGUCUCAGCUCUUCAGGUCAGAGGGAUAUGAGGAAGUGGUCAACGAAUACAUGCACCGAGAAACUGUGAAUAGGAAAGAAGACUUGCGUGUUCCAAGAGUUUUUCUUCAAAGCAAAUUUCAAAAGCCUUUCAGUGUAAAUAAUGUGGACUCUGGUUGAAGAUUUUCCUGCAGUUAUGGAAUCCUAAACAUCACUCUCCUCUGUGGGAUUCUCCAGUGUGCUCUACUAGAACCACAUAUGUUAAGAGAAUCUAUUAGAACAAAGGCAGAUGGUGACCAUUUACUGUGGGGAGGCACACAGAUAUGUUGCAAAGAUAGAAGCUAUUAGCCAGGUAAGAUGAUUCAUUAGAGAACUCUUUUCUAUUCCUACUUCCCACCAUUCAUUGUGUUUGCACUGAGGAGAAAACGCUACUGCUGUGAAACCGAGGAACGUAAGGGCAUGAGGAAAGUGCAUGUGAUUUUUUGAAAAGACUCUUGAUCUUGUGUGCCUCUACAUAAAUGAUCCUAGUUUAGGAACAUCUACCCUUCUGUAAGUCAUAAGUCUUUUCUUAAGAAAAUUUGAUUUGAUUUUGAAGGUCUUUGCCAAAGAUACAGGUAUAGCCAAAUAUGUUGAAAGAUUUAGAAAAGCAGCUGUGUGACUGAGAAAAUAUAUCUAGGUUUAUUUUUCUGAUUUGACUUGUAAGGCGCUUAAUACUUCACAGUCACUUCAGUGCUUUUUCAAAGUUCCUGCCAUUCUGUGCUGUGUUAUCCUUUGUCAAGCUAAGUGUGCCCUAUCAACACCAGCUCAAUUUUACAUCUGUACUACCUAGUGGACUUGCAUCUGAAAUAAUGGAGGGUACUCAAAGGAAAAUUCACAGAGCAGACAAGCCUACCUGCUAUCUGGGCUCCAUUUGGUGUUUUUCUACAAUCACCUUCUUUUGACUUCUAACUAUCUGUAGUAGAUUUGAUGCACUACGUGCCAGUGGGAUUGUUGUACAGCUGACACUUAAGGAUUUUGUUGCUACUUUUAAAAUUUUUUUAAAUUUUUUUCUAGCUUUACCUUCAGGCUUCUAUGUGAAAGGUGGUGUUUAAUCGGAAUUUCUGUCAUCUAACAAAAGCCUUUU